CAGACUUCGACACUUGCCAGCGGCCGUUGGGUGCAACGCCGCCACACCGCCCACUGCCGCCGGAGCUCAUCCCAUUGCCCACAUCGCCGUGUUGCCGGCGGAGCUCAUCCCGUUGUCCGCAUUGCCGCACUGCCGCGCAGCUUUAUUUCUCUUUGUCCAAGGCGGUAGGAUUGCUUUUCGGGGCGUUACUCAGAGCUCCGGUAAAAGGCGGGUCUCCACGUGAUUUGGGGAUGGGGCUGUGGGCGGGGCAAGGAUGUUGGCGACCAUCCCGCUCCAGAUCCCCUGUUUCCAUCCUAACAAUAACUGCCGGAGCAAAGCGCCUUUUGAACUUAAAAAGUAUCUGCAAAUCGCUUCUGAAAUAUCAAAAACAGUUUAGACGAAUUGAUAUUGCUAUGAGAAGGACAUAGGAGUUUGGACUUGUUUAUUCAAUGGCAGUUCUUUUUUUCAGUGUCUUCAAUCUUCAAGAAUUUUAUCGGGAGGCUGUCUGUUUCUUUCUAUUCGUGAGCUUGGUGGAGGCAAUCAAAAUAAGAAGAGUAGUAAUCUAGCUUUUGCUUCUACUAAGAAUUUACAGAAGGAUCCUUUUGUUGAAUCAAAGGUUGAGAAGCUGUUAGACACUGUAAAAUGGGACGACAAGGGUUUGGCGGUGGCAAUAGCUCAGAAUGUUGAUACGGGAGCCAUCUUAAUGCAAGGCUUUGUAAACCAAGAUGCACUAGCGGCAACCAUUUUUUCUAGAAAGGCUACAUUCUACAGCCGUUCACGGUCAACAUUGUGGACAAAGGGAGAAACUUCCAUGAACUUCAUCAACAUUCAUGAUAUCUUUCUUGAUUGUGAUCGUGACUCUAUUAUAUACCUUGGGAAGCCUGAUGGGCCUACUUGUCACACAGGGUCAGAAACCUGCUAUUAUUCAUCGGUUUUUGAUUUCUUAAAACAACCACAGGUUGUUGAGAACAGGUUGGCAUUGACCACUUUGUAUUCAUUAGAGUCUACAAUCUCGCAGCGGAAGGCAGGACUAGCAUUGACACAAGUUGGAAAACCUUCAUGGACCAAGCGAUUAUUGCUUGAUGACGAGUUGCUGUGCUCGAAAAUCUGGGAAGAGGUAAAUGAGUUAUGUUGAACAUUGGAGAUGAAUGAGGAUAAGUCCCUAGCUUCUUCAGAGAUGGCAGAUGUGCUCUAUCAUGCCAUGGUUUUGCUGGCACUCAAAGAUAUAAAAAUGGAGGACAUUCUCCAAGUCCUCAGACUGAGAUUUUCUCUGUCAGGCAUUGAGGAGAAGAGAAGCCGAACAUCCGAGAGCUAGGCGCCAUGGGGUCGGUGAAUGGGGUCACCAAUUUUGUUCAUGCAGCUCAGUGGAUGCAAUACAGUGUAAUUAGUAAUUAUGCGCGAGCAUUAGCAGACCAUACAUGAAGUUGUUUAAGAUAUUGCGCGUCUGAUGUAAUUGCUGUACUCGGCGAUCACUGAUUGAUUAUAAAACAUUAGAACACACUGCAAAUGAUUAUUAAAAUAUUAAUCAUUCUUUUCA